GUAUCUCCCUCACUAUGUCUUGAUCAAUUAACUGCGAGGGAGAGAGUCAUUUGGGCCAAUGGAUUAAUUGACAAGAGAAUUGAGCUAUUCCUCAUCUUUCCAAAGCCCGUUGAUGUCAUUCUUUUAGAGAUCGAGAGAGGGAAGCCAAGUGAGGAAGGGAGAGAUG